AUGUCUGAACCCGAUUCAGCAGCAGCCACGGGCUCGCACGAGAACAGUCAUGCGUCGCCCGCCGUGAACCCUCACAGCUUCUUGGGCAUGCCGUCAGAGAUCCAAAAGGAUAUCAUCAAGCACUGUUGCCAGCACGACCUCAUCUGUCUCGCCCUUGUCUCCAAACACUGUCGAGAACUGGCCGCUUCCCAGCUGUAUCGCCAGUUCCACAUCGUUUUCCCUGACGAGGAUGAUCCGUCCUUCGACUCCCAAGGUAUUGAUGGACUGGCUGGCGGGCUGGAUACCUUCGUGACCAGCGACUACGACUAUGCGAAGCAUCUCAAAGAUCUUUCACUCGACACCCUUAGUGCCGGCAGCAAGGGGGAGGCUGCUUACAAGCCCUACCUCUUCAACACCAGCUGCGGAAAGUUUAUGAACACCCUUCUGCUUCUCACUCUGCGCAAAGCAAACAAGCUCGAGACUUUCAAGUGGAAUAUCCGCGUCGAGCUUAGCCGUCCCGUAUACGCCGCGCUACACGAUAUCAAGACCAUCGCAAACAUACACAUACGCAUGCAGGCAGGCCCGUCUUUAUAUGAAAAGCCGCCUCCGCUCCCUCAUGCCGUUCACCCACCGCCGGUCUUUGCUCCCGGCCAGCCGCCGGUACACUGGAUGCCUCAAGGCACUCAUCCGCCCCCGGUUCCUCCGCAGCAGGGUAUAGACUUAGGAUCACAGAUAACGACCGCUAAUUCGACCUUUAUGCCUGUCUACUUUGUUCAAGGCAGCCUUGUUCAAAGUCAACAGCCCCCUCAUCCACAUACCUUUGCUCAACAGCCUCCUCAUCCACAGGCUUUCCCUCAGCAGCCUCCACAUCAUCAGCCUCCCGCUCCCAAGCCCCCCUCCAAGACAAAAGCGCAGAAGCGACCUCACGUCCUCCCGGAACCCCCAACCCUAUCAGGAUUCAAAAACCUCAAGAGCCUCGCCGUUCUCGAUAUUGACACCCUGGAUAUUGUAACGGAAAUCAAAACCUGUGUUAGAAACUCGGCCGGGACCUUGACCAAGCUGAAACUGUCUUUUUCGGAUUUCCUCGCAUCACAGGCUCGGAAGCCGCCGGCCCCGGAAGUUGUUACGGACGAUAGUGAUGAGGAGGAGUUGUCCGUCUGGUCCAAUCCUGGCGUGGCCCCGAAUCCGCAACCCAGUAGUGCGGUCGAGAGUAGUGGAGCGAAGGCACACCGGGCUCAAGAGGAAAAGAAAACCCAGGAGUCCGUCUUGGGGCGUAUCUUCGAUGUCGAGCACUAUGUUGUCAAGAAACCACAGAAGGUUAAGUCAAAAGAAAAGACACCAGCCGAGGCAUUGAGCUCGGACCCUGGCCAAAACUUCAUCAAAAAUGUGAUGAAAGCGGCAGAGGUUCUCAUGAAGGAGAAGGGUGACAUGCGGCGGGAGGCUCUUGAUAUGAUCGAAACUGCCGCCAGUGCUUAUGUCGCUUCCUUAAAGACCAAGGAGAACGGGACCACGUCUGCGAGUUCCGAAUCUCAGUCCGCUCAGACCAAGGUUGAGGCAGAGGGCGAACCAAAUACUGCGGGAUUGGGAAGCGGUUCCAUGGGUUCUUCUGUCCCUACCAGACAAAAAAAAGAAGGUGACGAUUUCAGCCCGGAAGACAUCAAUAUUGAAGAUCCCGAGGGAGAACUCGAACUGGAUCCGGGAUCUCCAGGUCCCAAAAUUGAGGACACAGAGACUGUACCCGAGUCAUCACCUUCGCAAUCUCUGUCGUUGGCAACAGGCGGCCUUGACCCCGCUUCUGUCAAGAAGGCCGUGGCCAACUUGGUAGCGCAAAAGGUUAACUAUCAGACUUUGAUCAAAAAACUUGAGAUUUUUGAGGCACGAGCUAACGACCUUCGCAAGGAAACCGAAGAACUGCGCGAGCAAGACGGGCCUAUCGAUCGCGAACGUAUCGCUAGAACCGAGAAGGAGAUUACAGAGCUGAGCAACGGGAUCGAAAAAGCUAGGAGCGAGAUUAACGUGGUCGAGGCCGAGGUAGCCGAUUCGCAAAAGGAAAUCUAUGGUCUCCGCAACUCGGAUACCAUUGAGUCCCAGCGUCAGCGGAGGAGUGAAUAUGCACGAGCGACAAGGGGCUUGCCUCUUCAGUCACUCAGCAUCUACCUGGUUCCGGUCAAGCCUUCAGUCUUGGCCAAGGGCGUUGAUAUUCGGAUGCUCACUCGCAUCACUCUCCUCAAUGUCGGGCCGCAAGCACCGAUUUGGGCUUACUUCAAGAGCCAGAAUGAGGAAAAUCCUCUCCCGCUUUGCAAGAUCUUCACUGACAACAUCACGGAAAGUUUCUUGCAAUUUAUAUCCCAACUGAACCAGGUAACCGAGCUGUUCUUGCUCGAGAGAGACGCCAAAUACAAGCCCGAGAGCUUCGCAACCAAGACGAAGACGGUCAUUGACGAGAUUCGGCGACUGGCACUCAGAAAGCACAUGCCUCAUCUGCGGAAGCUCAUGAUCAAGAACUUGGCCAGUAAGGCAUGGGAUUUGAACGCCGAGGCCAUAAAGCUGUUGUGCAAGCGUGGCAAAAAUCUUGAAGAGCUUGCCUGCAGCAUGAGUAUGCGUUGUCUGCAUACUUUCAACCAAAACGCGCGCUUGCUCAUCAACCUUCACGCUCUUCACAUCAUUAGUCUCCGUUGCGAUGACCCGUGUCCCUCUCUUUCGCAAGAAGCGAAGAAGUUCCUAAUCGACAGCCUCUCGCAGCAUCCAUCGAGGAAGCUCGAAUGGAUUUCCAUCAACGACGGCGACGGCGUGGACCAUAUCAAGUUCCGCAAGCCGCCGUCCGCGGAAGAGAGGAAGAGGAGAAUGGCGGCCAAAAAGGCAAAGGGCAAGGCCAAGGCCACGGUGACCACCACCAGCAACGGGACAUCAAACAAUACCACCCAAUACCCGACGUUUCCUCCCCCGGAAAUCUGGGAUGGUGAAAGUAGUGCUGACGACUCCUAUGCGGAUGAGGAGUUGAAAACUUUCAUACCUUUCGAGCGGUUGGGGACUAUGCGCUUCUAUGAUGUGGAGGGGGUGAGGAUCUUCAAGAAGGAGGUUGUCAGUGGCCGUCUCUGA